AUGGAGGACGGCCACACACUCUUUGAUUAUGACGUGCGCCUCAAUGACACAAUCCAGCUGCUGGUGCGCCAGAGUCUGGCACUGCCUUCCAGUUCGAAGGAACGGGAUUCUGAGCUCUCAGACUCUGACUCUGGCUAUGGUGUGGGUCAGAGCGAGUCUGACAAGUCGUCCACACAUGGCGAAGGGGCUGCUGAAGGGGAUGACAAGACCGUGUGGGAGGACACAGAACUGGGGCUGUACAAGGUUGAUGAGUACGUGGACGUGCGUGACAACACCUUGGGUGCAUGGUUUGAGGCCCAAGUGGUCCAGGUGCAGAAGAGAGCCCUGUCCCAGGAAGAGCCUUGCAGCUCCAGUGCCAGCAUGACUCCGGAGGAUGACAUCAUGUACCAUAUCAAAUAUGAUGACUACCCAGAGAGUGGAGUGGAGGUCAUCAAAGCCAAGGAUGUCCGUGCCCGUGCCCGUACUGUGAUCCCGUGGGAGGACCUGGAGGUGGGCCAGGUGGUAAUGGCCAACUACAAUGUGGAUUACCCCAGGAAGCGCGGCUUCUGGUAUGACGUUGAGAUCUGUAGGAAACGGCAGACCAGGACGGCGCGGGAGCUGUAUGGCAACGUCAUGCUCUUAAACGAUUCUCAGCUCAACAACUGCCGACUCAUGUUUGUGGAUGAAGUCUUUAAGAUUGAGCUCCCUAAUGAGAGGAGCCCCUUGAUUGGGAACCCCUCGCAGCGGAAGAGCGGCCCGUCCUGCCAGUACUGCAAGGACGACGAGAACAAACUGUGUCGCAAGUGUGCCUGCCAUGUGUGCGGUGGGCGUGAGGCUCCUGAGAAGCAGGUGUUGUGUGACGAGUGUGACAUGGCCUUCCACCUGUACUGCCUGCAGCCACCGCUUACUUGCGUCCCCUCUGAGCCUGAGUGGUACUGCCCCAGCUGCCGGACCGACUCCAGUGAGGUGGUGCAAGCAGGCGAGAAGCUGAAGCAAAGCAAGAAGAAGGCGAAGAUGGCAUCAGCCACGUCAUCCUCCCGUCGGGACUGGGGCAAGGGCAUGGCCUGUGUGGGCCGCACCAGAGAGUGUACCAUCGUGCCCGCCAACCACUUCGGGCCCAUCCCUGGCGUCCCUGUGGGCACCAUGUGGCGCUUCAGAGUCCAGGUCAGUGAGUCUGGUGUGCAUCGGCCGCACGUGGCGGGCAUCCAUGGGCGGAGUAAUGACGGUGCUUACUCAUUGGUGCUGGCUGGAGGCUACGAGGAUGAUGUGGACAACGGCAAUUCCUUCACAUACACAGGGAGCGGUGGCCGAGACCUCUCAGGCAACAAGCGUACGGCAGGACAGUCCUCUGACCAGAAGCUUACCAACACCAACAGGGCUCUGGCGCUAAACUGCAACUCCAAAAUCAGUGAGAACGGGGCAGAGGCCAAGGACUGGCGCCAGGGGAAGCCAGUGCGUGUCGUCCGCAACAUGAAGGGUGGGAAGCACAGCAAGUACGCGCCUGCAGAGGGCAACCGCUACGAUGGCAUCUACAAGGUGGUGAAGUACUGGCCAGAAAAGGGUAAAUCUGGCUUCCUCGUGUGGCGCUACCUCCUGCGACGGGAUGACGCGGAGCCUGGGCCCUGGACCCGGGAGGGCAAGGACCGCAUGCGGCAGCUGGGGCUCACUAUGCAGUACCCCGAAGGCUACUUGGAGGCCUUGGCUAGCAAAGAGAAGAGUAAGAAGUGCCGAGCCAAGGCCUUGGAGAAGGAAUCACCCUCUAAGACAGGCUCAGCCAAGCGGAAGCCCACAGGCCAGGCCACUAAUACACGUACACUCAAGAAGAGCAAACUGGAGCCCUUUACGCUCCCUGUCGAACAGGCCAACCUCAUCAAGGAGGACAAGAGCAAUGCCAAGCUGUGGGAUGAUGUGCUGAGUUCACUUCAGGAUGGGCCGUACCAGGUCUUUCUGAGCAAGGUGAACGAGGCUUUCCAGUGCAUCUGCUGCCAGGAGCUGGUGUUCCGGCCUGUCACCACCGUGUGUCUGCACAAUGUCUGCAAGGACUGCCUGGACAGGUCCUUCCGGGCCGAGGUGUACAGCUGCCCAGCCUGUCGCUGCGACCUGGACCACAGCUCCCCAACCCGGGUGAAUCAGCCUUUGCAGACCAUUCUCAACCAGCUCUUCCCUGGCUACGGCAGCGGCCGGUGAUGCCGCGAACCAGGCAGGGGGCCCUCGAUCCUGCUUCGAGUUCUUAGUGGGCUUAGCUUGAAGGUGUUGUCCUUCCACAUCUGCCCCUGGUGACCCGUCUGCCUUGAUCGCCAGUUAACCAGGAAUACUGUAUUCUGGCUACCAC